AUGACAGAAAUGGAAAUCGACAAUGAUCGUCUCGUCGACGCUCAGACGUUCAAAUCUAUCAUCACUGACCUGAUUGAAUCACUAACCGACUUAUCUUACUCCAUUUUAUAUCCAGUCAUUCCAAAAGAUCUUCACCAUCAUCCCUUGCUUCAUGCUUUAGACCAAGCCACGAACUCUUUGAACAAUGAGGAAUUCGAUCAUAGUCGUAAAGGAUACAACUGGUCAGGUUUCUCAGAAGCCAUUCGUAAGACGAGGGAAACGAUACUUGAUAUGCAAGGAGAUUCCGCGGAUGAGUGGAAGGAAAAGUUGAAAGAGUUCGAAAAUGAGGUAUUGAUCCGUGUUGAUAGUUUCCCCGAAAAGGUGGAUUGGGAGGGUUUAACCGAAUUGACCCAACUUGCCCUCCAAGUCGAUGAUCUCGUACGAAAUUCCGGGAUUGACACCGAAGACGAUUUCACAACUCACCUAGAAGAAUUGAUCGGUCCGAUAAUCCAACGUGAACCUCGCGAGCCUCUCAAUGGACCUCUACAUCGACCCACCGAACAAACAGCUGAGUUGCGGGAGAAACUCGCUGAACAACUUACGACCGAGGUAGAUGGUUUCUUACUACAAGAGAACGAAGAAACCGUCAAGUUUUCCCCAAUCGACGAGUUCUACUCUGAGGAUCAACCCGAAGAAAUGUAUUCUGAUCAAGAGGGAGAUGAUCAAACAUGGUGGGAACGACCUACUCAACUGUCUCUCAAUCCAGAAAGUUCGACUGGUAAGGGAAAAGAAGUAGAAAUGGGUAAAGGGAUGGUGUAUAAAAUGAUAGAUCGUGCAAAUUCUCUCCGAACUUUAUCGAAUACAUCAGAACAACCUUCCCAACCCGUUAAAACUAAGAGACCUAGAGAUCCUGAUGAUACAAAAACAAGAAAACCUUCAGCUUCACGUCAUUCACGUCUUUCACGUCAAAAAAGUAAACCCAAAGAAUCGACAGAGCCCGCAGAGCCAAUACCGAUAGUAACGUCUAUGAAUCCAAGAUCUCUCAAAGGUCAUCAUAUCCCUCCUGAUCUCAAUACCAUCUUGACUGAUACGACUUAUUCUCAAGUUGAUCUUAACACUUCGAUGGGAAUACAAACUUCUACCACAGAGAAGAACACGAAUUUGGACCAGAUAACAAUGUUCAAACCUGGUUCAAAUGUAUCUCAAAUGGAUGAAAAUUACGUGAGAGUGGAUGAAGAAGAAGAAGAUGAUUAUGAUGAAGAAGAUGAAGAAGGUGUCGUGAAGGAAAAAAUGGAAAAAAUGGAAGUAAACAUGACACUUUCUCCUUCUCCUCCACCGUACAUUUCUAGCAAUUCUAUACUUCGUCAACGUCGUUCUCGUUCUCAUUCUCAUCGGCAUCGUCGUCGUACACGUGGGACUUGA